GGAGCACGAUCCCCGGAUCACGGACCGCAGGCAGUCCCGGCCGGUGUGAGACGGAUCACGGAGCUGCAGGGAGAGGAGCAGCAGAGGCUACUCGGCGCCGGUCCUCCCUCCUCCCAUCCCUCCAGCUGCUGUGGGGUUUUUAAAACUUUGGUUUAACCACCUUCGUCGUUUCGGAUCUUUCAUUUGGAAGAAUGAGCACCUACACCGUGUCGCUGCCCGGCCCCGGCCCCUGGGGCUUCAGGCUGCAGGGGGGCAAAGACUUCAACAUGCCACUGACCAUCUCCAGGAUCACUCCAGGCAGCAAGGCAGCGCAGGGUAACCUGAUCCAGGGUGACGUUAUCGUCGCCAUCGAUGGCGUCAGCACUGACGGGAUGACUCACCUGGAGGCUCAGAACAAGAUCAAGAUGGCCAACUACAACCUGGCACUCACCAUGUCCAAGUCAAAGCGUCCCGCUCCGAUGCCGGCACCGAGAAUGGACGCCACUAUUCCCGUGAUCCCUCACCAGCAGGUUUUCCCUCCCACUGCUCCCAACGCCGGCUUCAACCCCGGCGUGCUGAAGGACACUGCCCUCUCCACCCAUACACCCAUAGAGGUGAAGGGCCCUGGCGGUAAGGCCACCAUCAUCCACGCCCAGUACAACACGCCCAUCAGCAUGUACUCACAGGACGCCAUCAUGGACGCCAUCGCAGGACAGACACAGGCCAAGGGGCACGAUGCUGGCCUGAAGCGACAGUCUGCCGCUGGUUACAGCCUCCAGCACAAAGCUGCAGUCUCCAGUCAGUACGCUCAGCCUCCUGCCAUGCAUCAGGCUCCACAGGCCCCGCCCCCGCAGCACUACCAGCCAAUCCCACAGCAGUACCAUCAGCCCCCCACGCAGCACGCCCCACCCACUCAGCAGAGCUCCAUUCAGAUCCCUCUCGGCUCCGCCCCUCCCAAGGUGGUGAGCACGGCCUGUAUCUACCCCUCCCAGCCCGCUCCUGCUCCUGCUCCGGCUCCUCAGCCCCGCCCUCCAGCCGCUGCCCCGGCCCCCCCUCCGGCUGCUGCCUCGCCUUCCAACAGACCCCCCUGGAUCACCGACACCAACUUCGCCGACAAGUUCGACCCCAGUAAGACCACCACCACCAGUAUGAAGGUGCAGCCUCUGCCCCAGGCCGCCCCUCCUCCGCCAACCUACAUCCCCAACCCCUCCCCCGCAGCUCCUGCCGCUCCCAGCCCCGCCCCCAUCACCCCCAGUCCUGCCCCUUUCCCUCCAGUGGCGAGGGGCGUGGCCCAAAGGGCGGAGAGGUUUGCCGCCAGCAGCCGUACGCCUCUGUGUGGGGCCUGCAACAGCGUCAUCAGGGGCCCCUUCCUGGUGGCCCUCGGCCGGUCCUGGCACCCCGAGGAGUUUAACUGUCACUACUGCCACAUGUCUCUGGCUGACGUCAGCUUCGUGGAGGAACAGAACAACGUGUACUGUGAGAACUGCUACGAGGAGUUCUUCGCCCCCACCUGUGCCCGCUGCAACACCAAGAUCAUGGGGGAAGUGAUGCACGCUCUGCGGCAGACGUGGCACACCACCUGCUUCGUGUGCGCAGCCUGCGGCAAAGCCUUCGGGAACAGCCUCUUCCACAUGGAGGACGGAGAGCCUUACUGUGAGAAAGAUUAUAUUGCACUCUUCAGCACUAAGUGUCACGGCUGUGACUUCCCAGUUGAAGCUGGUGAUAAGUUCAUCGAGGCUCUGGGUCACACCUGGCACGACACCUGCUUCGUCUGUGCGGUUUGCCAUGUGAACCUGGAGGGGCAGCCUUUCUACUCCAAGAAGGACAAACCUCUGUGCAAGAAGCACGCUCACGCCAUCAACGUGUAGACCCGCCAACACCCGUGGAUCCGCUGCCUCGGCUCGGCGGGGGCGAAGCCACCGACCACAGCGUCGAACACAAGGCGACAACUUUUGACACAGAUGUGUGUAAACACUCUUUAAGAAAAAUACACUUUGGUUUGAGACUUUCUUUUUUUUGUGCAUUAAUAUUAAUGUUAACAUUUAAAACGACGCUGCCUGAUGAUUCUGCUUCAGAAACAGGGUCAUGAUGUUUUCACUCGUUCAUCCAGCUCAGACUUUGUUUUAUUCUGAUCAUGUUUUUUUUUUAUCGUGGUCGAAGUGACAGCGGUGCAGCUCGGUUCAGACAGGGGGCGCCUGUGAGUCUGGAGUUUGCCAAAUGAAAUCAUUCAUUAGACUUUUUCAGUGUAACUAAAUUAAUAAUAGAACAUAACGUAAAAUAAUAUAAUAAUAAUAAUUUUCACAUCACUUUGGACAAAUUUAAUUGAAUUAUUUUUAUACUUUGUUAAUCAAAUUGUAAAUGAAUUUCUUGAUCUUUUUUUAAUUGAUCCAUUUACAAAUUGAUCAGUAAUGAAACAGAAAAAGUCUAUGAUUAUUGCGGCGGCACACUCAGAACUUUAAUCUGCUCAGCUGAAGUUUUUCCUCAUCUUUUCAUCACGUCCUGGACUUUUCCUCAUAUUGUGCCUGUUUUGACUCUUUGACUCUUUUUUAUCACGUUUAAACAGAAGGAAUGUUUGUUCAUGUUCGUCAGGACGAUGUGAAACCACAGACUGAACAGAAACAGAAACCAGAGCAGUGAAACAUGAAGGGGCUUGUUUGUUGUGUACUCGGACUCUGGCAGUGAGGUGGUGGUCUGCAGCUGUGUGACAGUGAACUGAGCAGCACCUGAAGAAGCCUUACCUGAGCUGAGACUGACCUGCUGUUAGAAGAGUGGCAGUGAAUGGAAGACGGACGUCUGAGGAAACAGAAGCAGGUGACACUUCUCACCGGCCUCUUUCCAGCUGGUUCACCUGUGCUCACACAUGAAGAACGAGUCCAGGUGCAGUGGAAUCUGUCCAUGUAGUCACCUGUAAUGGUUGGUAGCUCUGAGUCCUGUCUCAGACUGUCUCCCAGUUCAGACUCCAGCAGAUCAUGUUUUAGAAACUUGGAUGCUGCGACGCAGCUGAGAUGAUAGUUGACGUGUCAGCUCAGUUUACAUGGAGUUCCUGUUGAAAGCCGAGGGGAUUUAAGGCUCUGAUAUUCCUGGAUGUGGACAGUGAGCGUUCGGUUUAUUCUCGAUACUUUGUCUCCUCUGAGAGCAGAUCCACUGACGGCGAUGUCUCUGCUAACCUGAACCGACUGACCAGUCACCGAGCUUCAGUUCUUAAAGUCAGAGUUUGACCAGAGUUGGAUGAGAGGGCUGACAGGCUAGUUGUUUCCCUUCUGUCUUUAUGCUAAGCUAAGCUAACCGACUGCAGUGUGGGAUCAGUCUGAACAUCUAACUCUCAGUAAGACAAUAAACACAUUUCUUUGUCUGCGGGGACACAAAAGUCCCGUCACACAAACCAGCACAGGGAGGAGGAGGUGAACUCUGAGCUUUACUUCACCUCCGUGAGCGAAUCCACCAAUCGUCACUGUUCCUCCGGUAUCACAGGCUUCGCUUUGAGGUUUUGUGUUGUUCUGAGUGUUAGGAUGAUCCUUAAGUUCAGAGCUGAGUGAGUUUCUGAUAUUUUCUGCUGUUAAACGUUAGAAACUCUGGGAGGGGAAAUGCCUCCAGGUGAUAUCAGAGCAGUGGAAAUGUCCAGAAGGUUUCAGAGCUACGUCGUAGCUUCAGCGAGCAGUUUCCUGUGUGAAGUAAGAGAUUCAUGUCCUCAGACGUGACUCAGACGUGAUUCGUUCAAAAUGUUCUGUGCACAUUUUGAAAAUGUGUCACUGUUAAAUUACAAAACAUGAAUCCAAACCGGCCACACCUGAGACUCCACAGGUGAAACGGCCACAUUUCACCUCGGUGGAGACGAAUACAGAAACAUGAAGCACAGAACGUCUGGACUCACUUCCUGCUCUGACACAGGAUUUCAGUGUGUUUGCAGUUGUUGUUCCAGGUGAACCCGCUCAGGUGAGGCCGCUGCAGAGUGUCAUGGGUGUCUGAUGUGGAGCGUAGCUACUAAUCCCUCUUUGACUUCACGUACAGUAGGCAUACAAUGCAACCAGUAACCUUGACUUUCAUGUUUAUUGACAGUUUUAACUGUGUGAUAUUUAUUUGGAAGCUGAUGUAUGGUCACUGCUGCGUUCAGUGCUCGUCACAGUCUUAGCUCUUUGAUCCGUGUUCGUGUCCUGAAUGUCCCAGGGUUCGUCCUGAGUGUUGCUGUGGAUGGAUGUUUCUGUAAUUACACUGUAAAUGUUCGGAACUGUCGGAGCUUGAAUGUUUAUUACAGUGGUAGUUUCACUGCAAAGCCACUUCAUGGAUCUGUUCACACCUCACUCCAUGAGAUCGCAUCCCAGAAAAACACAAGGCAGUCAGCACCUGGUGGCCAUUAGAGGAACUGCACCUACACCAGCUGCCGAACGCAGCACGGCCCAGUUCAGAUCCUUUGCUGGUUUGUUCCAGGUGCACUGGUAAAGAAUGAAUGAAUGAUGGAGAAAACAAAGUAAAUGAAAACGUUUGAACCAGCUGACUUGUAUCAGGCAGCGUAAACACAAACUGGUUUUACUGGUCUGCAGUGUGAACAGAGCCUUGGACUCGCUCAUGUAGAGCAGAGGAAGUUUUCAGAUGAACUUAAAAGACUGACAGUUUGUGUGGGGAGACGUGAAGCGUCCUGGUGCGUCUCCCUGCAGCGUGCUGUGCCUGACGCUGCUCUGUGCUCUGCUUCUGUCUGACGUGUACAGUUUUUACUUUAAUAUUUUCUACAGGUUGUGUGUUUUUCAGAGAGUGAACGUGUGCGUGCAGAACAGUGUGUCACAGUUUGUCACAGCAUGUCGAACGAGGCCACGUCAGUAUUAGUUUGUGUUUGUGUCUCCGCGUCGUGAAAAGAGCGACGUGCUAACGCCACCGCUUCACCUUACUGAGAGUGUUUGAACUGGUUUUGGUGUCACUGAGCUGGAGGUGGAUCGUCCCUGAUGACACACGGUGACUGAAGAAAGGAAGCUGAAGUGACAUUAAGACGUUCGGCUGCUUUAUUACACGUGAUUAACAGGUUUUAAACAUCUGAAGAACGUUUGAGUUGCAGGUUGAAUAAACUUCAUUUCAAACACUUUAAAA